AUGUGUAGAUCCCAUUCAGCCCCUGGAAGGAUGAUUAUUUUGUAUCUUUUCCUCUUAUCAGCGCUUCUUUGCACCGGUAAUCGACUGGUUGAUAACUUCUAAUCAUUGUUUAGAUGCCAACCCAUCUGUCAGUUGCACAUUUAACAUGUGUUCCCUGAAUCAUCCUUGUGUGAAAGGGACUUGUAACAAUGGGUUUUGUUGUGGCCUUGCAAUGGCCAAGUCCAAGAUUUAUCGACGAAGUAAAGGCUCGACAUUGGACAUGAAACCGUCAACUCUAAAUUCAACAGACCCCUUAUUGCAGCAAAAUGAUUGGCCUGGGCCCACAAAUAACAUGAAUAAUAUGUUUGACAGUGCGAAACCUGAUACUUGUAGGUUCUGGAAGUAAUUUUUGUACUUUUUUACUCAGCCAUGUGUAUUGGCGGAUUCACAUCUUCAAUACGAUGUGGAGCCUAUGACAAUUGCCCGCCGGGACUUUUAUGUGAACAAGGGAUUAAAUUCUGCUGUCCGAUGAUCCUGCCGGUGGAGUCAAAGCCAACUCGAAGGCCUUUGUUUCACAAUUACCGUAACACGGCAACCCCUUACAACUCUCAACCAUCCUUUUACAAUAUGCCUUCUACCAUGAGUUCGUAUGGUCCAAUUAAUUCCUAUUCUGGGUUGAGUUAUAACAAUAUUAAUUACCCACGGAUGAUGCAUCGUUAUAACAACUACUUCAACAACAUGAACGAAGGGUUGAUCUCCAAUUACAGACCCAGAAAUCGAAGUAAGUAAACUCUGUUUUGAAUAUUUAGCGUGUCGUUCUUUGAUUGAAAAUAUUUUGGUUUAGUUUGGUCUUCCUAUCCGUGUAAUGCUAACACAGAUAACUGUGGCUAUUAUAAUAACUACGGCACUUCCAAUGGAUACGAAGGAAUUAGUGGUUCCUUUGGUCCCAUGAGUUCUCUCGGAACCGGUACUACCGAGAAUAACGUGGAUGGUGAGUAUUAUUAUUAUUAUUUUCCAUUACACUACGUCUUAAGGAUGUGCUCAAGGGACUGAAGGUGGAUCCUGUGUCCAAGGUCGGUGUGAUUCUGGAUAUCAAUGUAAUCGAAACAAUGUCUGUUGCCAAACAGAAGUCCCUGCAACUGGUAUGUUUAGUAAUAAAAGUAAUCGUUAGUUUGUCCUGACGGCACCCAAGCAGCUGGAGGAUGUGUGAAUGGACAAUGUGGCUUUGGAUUUACUUGCAAUCAAGGAUUAUGUUGUACUAAUACAUCACAAACUCCAAGAUGUCUAGAUGGAAGUCAAGCUAUUGGCGCGUGCAUUGGGGGGAAAUGUGGUGAUGGAUACGCAUGCACAACAGGGAACAUUUGCUGCCCCUCUAAUAUGAAUGGCAAGUUAAUUUAUCUUCCAUUUAAAUAAUAUUGCUUUAGGAUGCCCUGCUGGAACUGCUUCAAUAGGUCCAUGUGUGAAUGGAGCUUGUCCCAAUGGCUUCAGUUGUGUCAACGACCAAUGCUGUGGACCGCCCAACCUGACCAAUGCCACCAAUCUGUUAAUACAGUGUUCUCAGGCUGAUUCCAGUGGUCCCUGUUCAGCUGAUGGCCAAUGUUCAGACCCCGGGUUCCAAUGUGACGUCACCAAUCAAUGGUGUUGUCCGAACAUUGCUGGAGAUCCUGUUGGACCUUGUAUUCGAGGAGAAGGAGGAACGAGAUUGUGUCCGGAUGGUCCGUUUUAUAUAUUGUGAACUUAUACUUCACAUUCCUUUAAAUAACACGUCGUGAUUCUAGGUUAUGCCUGUUCUGGCCCAGAUGCUGGUCAAUGUUAUCGAUUAGACACUGGCACUUGUGCUCCUGUGGAUCAGUACGGUCCCUGCAGUCAGACCGAACCUCGGUGUCCCAAUGGCUACACUUGUAUCGGCGGAUUCUGUUGUAGCGACAACGCUCCAACGUACCUCAGAAAGAAGAGAUCCCAUCUAAGGCCGUGAGAUGAUAAGGCCUCUUUGUUCAAGCGGGUCUUUUAAUAAUAUUAAUAACACAAAUGAAUAUAUAACUCAGAUUCCCGUUUUUAGUCAUUAAACAACAAAAGAUUUGUUAUUGAUGAUCAAGGACGAUUGUAAACAUGAGCAAAAUGCACUUCUUUCGGUUUUCUCCAGUUUUCUUGCGGCUUAUUUUUACAGUUCGGGGCUUGGAAAAACGGAUUGCGUCAAAAUAUUACAAUUUACAUACAAUCCUGUAUUACUAUUCAUUUAUAUUAUACUAGAGGAGAUUAGAUGAAGGAAUUCUCUCCGAUUAUGGAUGUUUUGACCUUUGCCGAAAGCACUUUGCAAGGAAAAACAGUGGUUAGGAAAUAAAUAUGUAAACGGAAUACGGUAACCAAAACAAUUUUUUCCAAUCAAUUUUGUGACACUUUGUCCAAUUUGCGUGUCAUUUCGUUACAUUUUGUUAUUAUGUGUUUUGAAACUUAUUUGUAAAUAAAUUCACGCAGGCAAGAGGAAUAUAAGCCGACUUGUCGGCUUUGGUAAUCAUCUGAAGAGGUAUAGUUUUACCUAAAUUGUCCUUUUCAAACAGAUAUUGGUCCGAGUCGAUUGGGAAAUGUCCGAUGUCGUUUCGCCGGGGCUGUUUGCGAGAAAAAGAAACCAUAAACAUGGUGUUUUUCUUUUUUGAUUUCACGUGCUUGUAGUUUUAUAUUGUUUUUCAUAUUUCAGGGAAAUGGACGAGUCUACAAAAGAGACCUUGAAGAGCAUACCUCUCUUCAAAAAGAAUGCUGGGCCCAGGGAUGGGGAUAUGUGGGUAUCUAGACUUGCCGAGGAGCUGCAAACAUUGAUCGAGUUGACGAAUAAAAAUAAGCAGGGAGAUGCUGACUGGUUUAAUAUAGAGAGUUCUCCUGAUGGAACGAGGUGGUUUGGGAAAUGUUGGUACUUCCAUAACAUGAAGAAGUAAGGUGACCUUUUCUUUAUCAUUCUCCUUUAGGUAUGAAUUUGACUUUGAAUUCGAUCUUCCGGUUACAUAUCCGAAGACAGCCCCAGAGAUAGCUAUUCCUUCUUUGGAUGGAAAGACUGCCAAGAUGUAUCGAGGGGGAAAGAUUUGUCUCAGCGACCAUUUCAAGCCUUUAUGGGCGAGGAAUGUCCCUAAAUUCGGGAUCGCCCAUGCCCUGACACUUGGAUUAGGCCCAUGGCUAGCCGUAGAAGUGCCUUCAUUAAUUGAGAGAGGAGUUCUUGAAGAUAAAUAG